UCCUACCUGUGGACAGGUGAGAAGGAGGCGGGGGUGAAAUGAAAGCCAGCCCCCAUCUAGAUCCCAGAUUACAGCCCAGCUCUGCGUCUUACACUUAAUUCUUCCCUGAACACUAUUGUACCAAAGUUCAGAGCUCACUACUUGGGACAAAAGGAGAAAGAAGACACUGAACUGCUAGUUCUGGGACAGUUUCAUCUUGCAGAUUUAUUGGGACAAUGAAACAAGUGAGGAAAAGCAUUUGAGACGUUUUCCUCAACUAAGCCAUCUCAUCUGGAAUGCUCCUAUAAAACCUCUGCAGUUACGCCCAGUUUUUGUUGAAGCAAAGCAUCAUGGUAAACAGGAAGUCAGAGGUCCAGCGAAGGAUCGUGUCCAAGGACGGCCAUAACAACGUUCAGCUCGACAAUGUUGAAAGAAUGGUGAAGCUCUACUUGCAUGAUAUCUGGACUACUGUAGUGGACAUGAAGUGGCGUUACAAGGUCACUCUGUUUGCCUCCACCUUCAUCAUGACCUGGUUUAUCUUUGGGGUUUUCUUUUAUUUAAUCGGCAUGGGGAAUGGAGACUUUGAUGUUGGGCAAAAUUCAACCCACACACCCUGCCUGAUGAAUGUGGAGACUCUCACUGGAGCCUUCCUGUUCUCUCUGGAGUCACAGACCACUAUAGGUUAUGGUUUUCGAUACAUCUCUGAAGAGUGCCCUCUGGCUAUCUUCACGCUGGUGGCUCAGCUUGUCAUCACAGGUCUUGCUGAGAUCUUUGUCACUGGUGCUUUUCUGGCCAAACUUGCCCGACCAAAGAAGCGAGCAGAAACCAUUAAGUUUAGCCAAGUGGCUGUGAUCUGCAGACACCAGGGCAAGCUGUGUCUGAUGGUGAGAGUGGCUAACAUGAGGAAAAGUCUGCUGAUUCAGUGCCAGCUAACGGGAAAGCUGUUUCAAUCCAAUGUAACCGAAGAAGGAGAGAAGACACAGAUCCAUCAGAGCUCUGUCGAUUUCUACAUGGACUCCAGUGGAGACUGUCCUUUUCUCAUCCUCCCGCUCACCUUCUACCAUGUUAUUGAUGAGAAGAGCCCACUGGCAGGACUGACUGCAGAAACCCUGAGCCAUCGCAACUUUGAGCUGCUCAUAACACUCAAUGCCACCAUGGAGUCGACCGCGGCAACAUGUCAGAGCCGCACCUCUUACGUCCCUCAGGAGAUCCUGUGGGGCUACGAGUUCAAACCGGUGCUCUUUAGCUCUCCCAACUGCCGCUAUGUUGUCGAUUUCAAGUUUUUUGAUCAAGUGCAGAUGAGCAGUGAUGCUUCCUUCCAAAGCAACAACACAGUAAAACUAUAACCGAUGAAGGGACUGAGAGAAAAUUGUGAGAACUAUAGUUUUACAACGCUGUGAUCUUACAGGAAAUUGACCUCAGGGUCUAUCAUCAUUAACAAGUUGUGCCAGGUAUUGGGCGCUGGUCAUUUCACCGAUUACCAUGUUAUACCUCUGGAAAUGUUAUAAUUUCACACCUUUUUAGGAAUCACAUGGUACCUCAGGAUGUUUUGUGCUAACCAUGUAUACAUUGGAACCAACCAUGGGACCCAAAAUAUUGUUUUAAG